AUGGAGGUUGACUUAUUGGAUAUUGAGUCAUCAAGAUCUUGGAUAAUGCAACACCCAGCCAAUAGAUUUUCCCCAAAUAGAUGCUUUGUUGGACAAACAGAUUUUGGGAAGACUGAUUCCAGGAACAGUCUUUCUUUGUCCUUCAUGCAGCUUUUUUUGGGCUCCCGCCGGGUGCCAUCAGCCACCCUGAAGGGUUUGGCUGAUCGCGCGAUGAGCCAGUCGUCCCGGACGCCCUACGACCAUCUCCGGUACCGUUAUCCGGAGACAUGGAGGAAGUUGGUGUCCAUCUUGGACAAAGAGGGCGCUCCAGUGGCCAUGUCCCCCUCAGGGCUGGUGCGACCCGGCGGUGGAUUCCGCAUCGAGGGGGCGCACGCAGGGCCGAGCGAGGCGUCGCCCACGUCCACCGCCCUGAGCCGCACCGCAUCAGAUCCAGCCUUCCUCAAAUGGAAGCAGCAGGAUGAGCAGAGCGUGCACACGCUCAGGAUGAUGAAGAAGGAGCGGCGGAAUCCUUUUGGGAGUUGGUACGAAGGCUCCAAGGUGGUCGAGAAGAUCGGCGGCGUGGCCAGCAACGACCCCUGCGGCACGCGGAAAAAGCCGCGGGAGCGCUCAGGGCUCCGGGGAGGAAAAGGCUGGACCGUGGUACUUGGCUGCGUGGUGUCCUUGAGCUACAUCAGGGCCAAAGCCAAGCUGAGCCAUGAGGAUUUUUCUCAGGCGCACCACACGCUGAAGGACCACCGCGGCCACGAAGUGAAGUUCGAAGACCAACCGGAGGUGCCCCAGCAGGAGGACAUCGUCCUGCGGCUCUGGCGGCGGCUUCCGGAGACACCGCUGCCAAACCUCUACUGGCUGGGCGGUCUCUUUACUGCCUUUUGGGCGUACCGAAUGUGGGGCGCCUUCAAUCGGCUGAUGGUCAUUCGGUAUGCUGACAUCAACUACCAGCUGAGACGCCCCGACGUCUUGGCCAACAAGGUCGUGGCCUUGAAAUUUUUGGCCCUGCCCUUGACCUUGGUUCCAGCCAUCAUGCUUGGAAGCGUGGCGUUUUCGGCCUGGUGGUGGUCUCCCCUGGGCUCGGCGCGCGUCGCGCGUCGGUCGCGCGCCGGCGACCCGCCGCGAAGCGCGGAGGCGAUGUUCGGCUGCCAUGGAAGGUUUGGGAGAAGCUGA